UCCAUUUCAGUUAAUGUGCUCCCUCCGUGUUUAGCAAGUGGCCCUCUCUCUCUCUCUCUUUUGGCCUUAUUGGAUUUCUGUUCACAUCCUGCGUUCCAGCUCAGUUCCUCGUUUUUCUUUGUGUAUUUUUCAAUGGUUUCUUUAUGAAGAUUUCCCUACCAUACCGGGUCUUUUUCAUUUUUUUUGGAUUGUAUUUGACAAAGGAAUAAAAAAUGGGAAAAAAAUUUGGGUUGGGUCCUACUUGAAACUAUGGAAGAACGUGGUUGAUGGAACCAAAAUUCCUUAACUAAACGUGGCUUACACCAUUUUUCGACUUCACACCCUUACCGUUUUUGCUUCAGUUUUGGGGUGCUUUCAGCUUUGCUUUAUUUGGUCAUCUCUCUUUCUUAAGCCAAAAAAGAAACCUUGAUUAUUGUCAAACAGUUAACAUCUUAUCGACUUCUACUCUUAAAAAAAGCAAAAAAAAAAAAAAAAAAAAAGGUGCUUGGAAACAGAAAAGCUGUCUUUUUUGUUAUCCUGGUUGGGUGGUUAUUCUUUACCUUGAGUUUUUAAGCACAGGGUUAAUGGGUGAUUAAGUUUUUUCUUGAUUGAGAAUCACCUGCUACUUUUUUUUUGCUUGUUUUGCUUGUCUAUUGGAUUGGGGUGGUUGAGCUUUGUUCCUUGGAUCCAUUUCUUUGAGAUUUCUUGUGAAGUACAAAUUGGAUUGUUGGAGGCUUUUAUAGUUUGGAUUCUGUCUGCUGUCAAACUCACAGCAACCACUUUGAGGCAGAAAAUGUUAACGAGGUGUGCUCAUCAUUAAGCACUAUAUUUAAUCAGAGACUGAAGAUGGACAAUGCAUUUGUUAGUGGACAGAAAGAUGACGUGGGGAAAGACGAUUCGCUGCAAAACUUGGAAGAUAACACAGAUAUGCCAGGAGAGAAUGGAACGAAUUAUUCUGAAUUAAAAUUGAAAAAGCUGGCAAGAAGGGUAAAUCCACAGCAUGCUCUGAUAUUAAAUGUUAGCAAAAGAUUACAAGCCGGAAAAAGUCUUAUAAAGGAUUCAUUCCUUCGGAGUAUUUUUGGCAUAGGCAAUAAGAUUCCGAGGCAUGUGGUUACUCUAGAUGAGAAAUAUCUUCGUCAUUGCCUGGAAUUGAUUCAUGUUAAUCCUGCAAAAGCGGCUCAAUGUAACAUCUCUGUGAACUUGAGCUCUGUAAAAAUGGGCAUUUUAUCUGAUGGACUGAAUUCAGCUAAAAUAAGGGAUGAAGGUACAUUUGAUUUGGGCAGGUUUGUUUUUGACUGUCCGCUGGCAGUUGGGACUGAUAAUGUAGUCAUUGGUCCUGCACAACAGUGGGUUGUAGGUUCAAUAAUGGGCAGCAGGAGUAUGGCAAAUAUAUUGAAGAGCCCAUUGUUACAGAAAAUGGGUAAAUUGGAUGUUGAUCCAAGUUUGAAUGAUGUUAAAGGAUCAAUAAGUUAUGACUUCACGAGCUCUCCUGGUGGUUUCGGUAACUAUUACUCACAGAAGAUAGGAAGUGAAACACCCAUAUCAGAAAAUCAUAAAUAUGGAUCUGAGACUAUGCAUAAAAGGCUUGUUUCUGUGUCAAGUAUAAACUCAACAUGCUCUGAUCAAUCCUUUUCUUCUACUUCUACAACAAUUUCUCAGGGAAUGCUUCAGUGCACAUGGAAGGGUGGGAUUCCAUAUUUUGUUUUCUCCUUGGAUAAUCAGAAGGAGGUAUAUGUAGCAAAUUUGUCAAAAGAAGGAUCAGCUCACAAUAAGGGUCUGGACUAUAUUUACUUGUUCCAUUCAAGCAAGGGUAGUGAUAAGGAACAUGGGAUUAGUGAUAAUGAGUCACACCUUGUUGGUAAGAUGAAGGUAUCUACUUCUUUCUCAAUCUGCCCCCAAGAUUCUAAAAUCAUGGAGACGGAGUUUGUUUUGUUCAGUGGUAAUGGAACUUUUAAUUGGGAGAUGCAAACUUCAAGCCAUACCCACAAGAAGAAUAAGAGUCUAUCAAAAAAGGUGGUGGAAGUAUUCAAGAGCAGUCACUCGUCCAAGCAGAGAACAAUGCCUAGAUUUCUUAGGUCAAGUUCCAUAAUGGAGGAUUCUUCUUGGGAUCCAUGCCAAGAUAUAGUCAAGAAUUCUGAUGCACUAGAUGGGACAAAUAUUUUAGAGGAAGAACUUCCACCAAAUCUUGAAUUGACUGCCAUUGUUGUGAGGGACCAUUUCCCCGAAAAUCCUCGGCCAGAAGUUGGAGGUUGGGGCUUAAAGUUUCUCAGGAAAGCUAGGGUUAAGCAAUACGUUGACACUUUGGAAGCCCCAGUUCUUUCUGCUUGUUCUUGCGGUAUCAGUGAUUGCUCAACAAGUAUGGAUAUUCUAGUUCCAGCUGGUAUUCAUGGUGGUCCAAGAACCAGAAAUGGUGGCCCCUCUAGUCUUAUUGAAAGAUGGAGAUCUGGUGGACAUUGUGACUGUGGUGGCUGGGACUUGGGCUGUCCACUGACGAUACUUAAAGCCAGAUCAAGUAAAGAAGUAGGUUUACCUCCAACAGAAAUGUCUGAGGCAUGCAAGUUAUUUGAUUUUUACAUCCUGGGUUCAGAGCAUGGUUCUCCAACCUUGAGGAUGAUAAAUGUUCAUGAUGGCCUGUAUUUUAUUCGUUUUCAAUCAACACUCUCAGCCUUGCAGUCUUUCUCAAUUGCAGUGGCAUGCAUCCAUACUCAAAGUCCACCUCUCCGACCAAAAUUUGUACAGCAGUCGAGGUAGCAAGAUUGAAAAUUGAAGUUUAUUUAGUUGUAACCUUCUUACUGUGGCACAACAGUGUGUAAGUUGAAAUUUAGGUAUCUAUACAUGAAUUGAGAUUUUUUUUUUUUGUUUUAUGUUUACUCAUAGCUAGUUUGACUGGUUUCAGAUUGUUAUCUUAUAUAGGUUGUCUAUCAUUAAUCGGAAUUUUAGCCAUGAUUUCUCAGAACAAAAGAUAUUGUAUUUUUAUCCUUUUUGAUUGAAUGUACAAGUUUGUGGAGUUAAUUUUUUACCAGAUGUAUUCUAUAUUCUGUAGUCAUUAAUAUUCAGUAAAAUUUGGAGUUCUGUUUGUACAAACAAGAAGUGAAAUUCAAGCAAAAGAAGAACAAGCAUGUAGCUCAAAAAUUGUAAGAUAAAGCAUGGGGCUGCAUUUUGAGUGUGAUGACUCAAAUUUUCAAGUAGUUGUCAUAAAAUUAUCUUUAUAUUAAGGUACUUUUUGCACAUACUUUCAUCAGUAUUGCACUCAUGCACCAAGCGAAGCUAGGGGGAGAGGCCGGUCCUUUGCCCAACUGCUCCGCAUUCUCCAGGUAACAUUACUACUUUUCACUCUCAAAUGCAUUUUGCUAGUUUGCUGUCAAAUUCACAUUAACUGUCUAAUUGAGAAGCAUUCUUUCUGAUACUGUUGAGAGUGAUGCACUAUUAUAAUAGGCUUACACUUGGUCAUAAUAUGCUUGUUUUGGUAGCAUUAGUUUUCGUGUAAAAUACACAAAAAUCUUUCUGAUACUAUUGAGAAGGCUGAAAAUAAUCGAUGCCCAAAGAAGAUAUGGAGCUGGAGGAAGUCAAUGGAAAGUUACCAGAAUAUAUGGUUCUACUGGUAGUGUGAGAAUUGAAUCCGAUGCUAAGGCUGAAAAUAGGAAGGGGAACAAUCUGCAACAGAUUUUUGGGCCCGGCUGCGUGUUUGUUGAGUAUAGAAGCAUAAUGCAUGGCUGCACAUUGUUUACAUGGAUGGUUUUUUGACGAUCGGAUUGUGCUUGUGGAGUAUGUUGACCUUAGACCUUUACCGGGAUAAAUUUCCAAAAUGAAUUGGAUCAUUGCAAAUGUAGAUAUAACUGCUUCUCGUAACCUUUAAACUCCAUACAUCCUUUGUUAGUUUCAAGACUUGGUUCCUUCACGAACUCGAAGUUGAUGAUGAACUUUUAUUUAUAACUUUGGUUGUAGUCUUUCUUGCAAGCCUUGUUUGAAGCUUAAAUGGAGAUUUCAAAGAACAAAUGAAAUGGAUGUGUUGCAGA